AUGUCCAAGUUCAUCACCUUGAUCAUCUUCGCUUUGAUCUUCGCUUCAGUAUCAGCUCAAUUCAUCGACCCUUACCUUGGCAGACCUUAUGGUGGUUUGGGUGGUAUGGGAAUGGGAAGACCAGUAGUGGCUCCAGUCAUUGUUGAACCAGUUGUAGCACCAUAUGGAGGCAUGGGUAUGGGAUAUGGAGGACUUGGCUAUGGUGGUCGCAUGGGCAGACUUCUUUAA